AAACGUCACAUUUCUCGGAUCUCCCUUCAGGCCCCAAACAAUGUGAAAUUUAGAAAUGUAAAUUUAAAUGCUACUUCAAACCCAGAUCGACUCUUUCCCAACCGUUCAAGCACAACAGAGACGGCAGCCAUGUCGAAAGAAGACAGUGGCGCAUCCAGCGCGGAGGCGAGUCGGGCCGAAUCGGAGAUUACGAUGGGACCCGGACCGCGUACUGGCCCGCAGCGGAGAAGGUCCUUGGGCGGCAGCGGAGGAGGUGACGGUGGCACAGGAGGCGGUGGCGGGGGCGGUACCAGCGGCGGCAGCGACCCGAGAUCCGAAAGGAGCCCCCGAGAGGCCGACGCACUCGACCGCGCGACGGAGCCGAGGUCGACUCACCGGAAACUCCUGAGCGAUCCGCGCUUCCGGAUCCGGCCGCUGCAGCAGGUGAUCUCGGCCUGUGCCGGGGCCAUGAUCACGGCAUGCUUCAUGACGCCGCUGGACGUGAUCAAGACCCGCAUGCAGUCGCAGCAGUCGCCGGCGCACAAGUGCUUCUUCUAUUCGAACGGCCUGAUGGACCACCUUUUCUCGAGCGGUCCGAGUGGCCACCGGCCGAGGCCACAGUUCUCCAGCACCUGGGAUGCCCUGAUGAAGAUCAGCCGGUACGAGGGACUGGCCGCCCUGUGGUCCGGCCUGGGGCCCACCCUCGUCUCCGCCCUGCCCUCCACGAUCAUAUACUUCGUGGCCUACGAACAGUUCAAGGCCAAGUACCUCCAGAUGUACGAGCGCCACAUGAACUGGAGCCCGGAAGCCCGGCAGCUGGGUCUCAGGGACACCAAGACGAGCCUGCCGCUGGUAAUUCCCAUGAUGUCAGGGGUCACGGCUCGCGUGUGUGCAGUUACGGUGGUGAGUCCCAUCGAACUGGUGAGGACCAAGAUGCAGGCCCAGCGCCAGACCUACGCCCAGAUGCUGCAGUUCGUCCGGAACGUAGUGGCGCUGCAGGGCGUUUGGGGACUGUGGCGGGGUCUGCGGCCCACGAUCCUCAGGGACGUGCCCUUCUCGGGGAUUUACUGGCCCAUCUACGAGUACCUCAAGCAGAACCUUGGCCAGAGCUCGCAGCCCUCAUUCAGUCUCAGUUUCUUGGCCGGCGUGCUGGCGGGAUCAGUGGCCGCCAUCGUGACCACUCCGUUCGACGUGGUCAAGACCCACGAGCAGAUCGAGUUCGGAGAAAGGGUCAUCUUCACGGACUCGCCGGCGAGGGAUUUCGGAAAGAAGUCGACCUACAGCAGGCUGACGGCCAUUUACCGGAUGCACGGAGUCAGGGGACUUUUCGCUGGAUGCGGACCUCGGCUCUUGAAAGUGGCACCUGCGUGCGCCAUCAUGAUCUCCACCUUCGAGUACAGCAAGUCCUUCUUCUUCUACUACAACGUGAGGCACCACAACGAGGCUCUACUGUUGGGCAACCCGAACGCCAAGCUGGUCAAGGAGGAUGACAUUGAGUAAGCCGGCGAGGGGGGACUUUGUGGGUAGGUGGGCGGGUUAUGUAGUCAAGACGGCUCCCUUUUGUAAAUAAAUAUACGGACCACGAGCGGCGAGGCGAAUUCAAUAUCCCAAUUAA